AUGCCUGUGGUUGCUGGUCCUCCUGCCCAAGCGGGCCCAGGGGGUGCGCCCUCUACCUUUGACAAGAUGAAAAUGGGCUGCAUGAUGGGUUCCACCGUUGGUGGCAUCAUGGGUUUCAUUAUUGGUACCGUGACCAUUUUCCAGUACGGCGCUGGUCCCAACGGUGUCAUGCGGACUCUGGGCAAGUACAUGCUGGGUUCAGGUGCCACUUUCGGACUCUUCAUGUCCGUUGGUAGCGUCAUCCGCAACGAAGGACCCGUCAACGAUGCCUGGCUCCGUGCCCGCGGACCCCCAAUGAUGCUCCCCCGAGCCACCCCCUCCGGCCAACCAGCCAGUAAACUCAACUUUCUCGCAGUCUCAAGACUGUACUCGGGAAACAUGCGACAUGACCAAUCCCUGGCGACGUCCCCUUGUACGAUAUAA